CCUCCCCGCGGGCCACUGGCGCCCACCCCCGCGGGAGGGAGCCCGGAGCGCCCCCGGCCCCCUGCCCGGGCCCCCUCCCCCGGGGCCCCCGGCCCCUCCCCGGCUGGGCCCGGCCCGGGGGCGCCCGCGACCGCCGCCCGUCGCUCUCCGCCCCAGUCCCCCGGCCUCGGGGCGGACAUGGCCGCGCACAAGCCCGUGGAAUGGGUCCAGGCCGUGGUGAACCGCUUCGAUGAGCAGAUGAGGUGGGAAAUUUCUUUUCCAGUUGGACCCUGCACAAGAUGUCCUCCAUGACAGUGCCAUACACCUUUGCUUCCAAUUAAAGCUGGACAGCAGACUACACACACCAAAGUCAGCACUGAACACAACAAGGAGUGUCUUAUCAACAUUUCCAAAUACAAGUUUUCUCUGGUUAUAAGUGGCCUCACCAAUAUUUUAAAAAAUGUUAACAAUAUGAGAAUAUUUGGAGAAGCUGCUGAAAAGAAUUUAUAUCUCUCUCAGUUAAUUAUUUUGGAUACACUGGAAAAAUGCCUUGCCGGGGUAAGUGAUUUGCAGCCAAAGGACACAAUGAGGUUAGAUGAAACAAUGUUGGUCAAGCAGUUAUUGCCAGAAAUUUGCCAUUUCAUUCACACCUAUCGGGAAGGGAACCAGCAUGCAGCAGAACUUCGGAGCUCUGCCUCAGGGGUCCUCUUCUCCCUCAGCUGUAAUAACUUCAAUGCUGUCUUCAGUCGUAUUUCUACUAGGUUACAGGAGUUGACUGUUUGUUCAGAAGAUAAUGUUGAUGUCCAUGAUAUUGAAUUGUUACAAUACAUCAAUGUGGACUGUGCAAAACUAAAGCGGCUACUGCAAGAAACUGUAUUUAAGUUUAAAGCCUUAAAGAAAGUAGCUCAGCUAGCAGUUAUAAAUAGCCUAGAAAAGGCAUUUUGGAAUUGGGUAGAAAACUAUCCUGAUGAAUUUACAAAGCUGUACCAGACUCCUCAGACAGAUAUGGCUGAUUGUGCAGAAAAAUUAUUUGACUUGGUGGAUGGUUUUGCUGAAAGCACCAAACGUAAAGCUGCAGUUUGGCCACUGCAAAUCAUUCUUCUUGUCUUGUGUCCAGAAAUAAUUCAGGACAUUUCCAAGGAUGUGGUUGAUGAAGCAAAAAUGAAUAAGAAAAUGUUUCUUGACAAUCUCAGAAGAGCGCUAGCAGGCCAUGGUGGGAGCAGGCAGCUGACGGAGAGCGCAGCCAUCGCUUGUGUGAAGCUAUGCAAAGCCAGCACCUACAUCAACUGGGAGGAUAACUCAGUCAUCUUCCUGCUUGUCCAGUCCAUGGUGGUAGACCUGAAGAACUUGCUUUUUAAUCCAAGCAAACCGUUCUCGAGAGGCAGUCAAAAUGCUGACGUGGACCUCAUGAUUGACUGCUUGGUUUCUUGCUUUCGUAUAAGCCCUCACAAUAACCAACACUUUAAGAUCUGUUUGGCCCAGAACUCCCCAUCCACAUUUCAUUAUGUGCUGGUAAACUCCCUCCAUCGAAUUAUCACCAAUAGCACUUUCAAGCAUGGACUUGGCACUGCUUCUGCACUGGAUUGGUGGCCCAAGAUUGAUGCUGUGUAUUGCCAUUCUGUUGAACUACGAAACAUGUUUGGUGAAACACUUCAUAAGGCCGUGCAGGGCUGUGGGGCACAUGCCGCGAUACGAAUGGCACCGAUGCCAACCAGUCACUGUUUUGCGUGGCAGUGGGCUUCUGUGGCUAGUCUUACAUUUAAAGAAAAAAUGACAAGCCUUAAAUUUAAAGAAAAACCUACGGACUUGGAAACAAGAAGCUAUAAAUACCUCCUAUUAUCCAUGGUGAAACUAAUCCAUGCAGACCCUAAGCUGUUGCUAUGUAAUCCAAGAAAACAAGGGCCAGAAUCUCAGGGGAGUACAGCAGAGUUAAUCACAGGCCUUGUGCAGCUUGUCCCACAGUCUAGCAUGCCAGAAAUAGCCCAAGAAGCAAUGGAGGCUUUGCUGGUUCUUCAUCAGUUGGAUAGCAUUGACUUAUGGAAUCCAGAUUCACCUAUAGAAACAUUCUGGGAGAUUAGCUCACAAAUGCUUUUUUAUAUCUGUAAAAAGCUAACUACCCAUCAGAUGCUUAGCAGUACAGAAAUUCUCAAAUGGUUGCGGGAAAUUUUGAUCUGUAGGAACAAAUAUCUUCUUAAAAAUAAGCAGUCAGAUAGGAGUUCUUCCCAUUUUCUCUACCUUUAUGGGGUAGGGUAUGAUGGCUCUUCUGGUGGCGGUACCAGUCAUAUCUCUCUAGACCAUGAAGAGUUUAUGCGUGCCUGUGCUCCAGGACCACCUCUCAGGAAAGUAAAAGGAAACUCCUUGAUGGAUGGUGCAAUAGGGUCCAGUGGGACGCCAAUAUGUCGCCAGGCUCAGACUAAGCUGGAGGUCGCUCUGUACAUGUUUCUGUGGAGCCCCGACAUUGAAGCUGUGCUUGUGGCCAUGUCCUGCUUUCGACACCUCUGUGAGGAAGCCGAUAUCAGGUGUGGCAUAGAUGAGAUUUCCGUGCAUCAUUUCUUGCCUAACUAUAAUACCUUCAUGGAAUUUGCGUCUGUCAGCAACAUGAUGUCAACAGGAAGAGCAGCUCUUCAGAAAAGAGUGAUGGCAUUGCUAAGGCGCAUCGAACACCCGACUGCAGGCAACACCGAGGCUUGGGAAGAUACUUAUACAAAAUGGGAACAAGCUACAAAAUCAAUCCUCAAUUAUCCAAAAGCCAAAAUGGAAGAUAGCCAGGUUGCUGAAAGUCUUCAUAAGACCAUUGUGAAAAGGAGGAUGUCUCAUGUGAGUGGAGGAGGCUCCAUAGACUUGUGUGACACAGACUCACUCCAAGAGUGGAUCAACAUGACUGGUUUUCUUUGUGCCCUCGGUGGGGUGUGCCUGCAGCACCGAAGCAAUGUUGGCUUUGCCACCUACAGCCCUCCAAUGGGCCCCAUCAGUGAGCGCAAGGGCUCUCUGAUUUCCAUGGUGUCCUCAGAUGGAAACGCAGAGACACCCGUCAGCAAGUUCAUGGAUCGGCUGCUCUCCUUGAUGGUGUGUAACCAUGAAAAAGUGGGGCUGCAGAUACGGAGCAACGUCAAGGAUUUGUUGGGCCUAGAAUUGAGUCCUGCCCUUUAUCCAAUGCUGUUUAACAAAUUAAAAAAUACCAUCAGCAAGUUUUUUGAUCCUCAAGGCCAGGUUUUAUUGACUGACACCAAUACCCAAUUUGUGGAACAGACCAUAGCCAUAAUGAAGAACUUGCUCGACAAUCACAGUGAGGGCAGUUCUGAACACAUGGGGCAAGCUAGCAUCGAAAUAAUGAUGUUAAAUCUGGUCAGAUACGUUAGAGUGUUUGGGAAUUUGGUACACGCAAUUCAGAUAAAAACUAAACUCUGCCAGCUGGUUCAAGUGAUGAUGGAGAGGAGAGAUGACCUUUCAUUUUGCCAGGAGAUGAAAUUUAGGAACAAAAUGGUGGAAUAUCUGACAGAUUGGGUCAUGGGGACAUCUAACCAAGCAACAGAUGAAGAUAUAAAAUGUCUAACUAGAGAUUUGGACCAGGCAAGCAUGGAAGCAGUGGUGUCGUUGCUUGCUGGGCUCCCUUUACAGCCCGAGGAAGGAGAUGGGGUGGAAUUGAUGGAGGCCAAAUCCCAACUGUUUCUUAAAUACUUUACACUAUUUAUGAACCUUCUUAAUGACUGCAGUGAGAUUGAAGAAGACAAUGUACAAAUUGGGGGCAGGAAGCGAGGCAUGUCGAGAAGGCUGGCCUCCCUGAGGCACUGCACUGUGCUUGCGAUGUCCAACUUGCUCAAUGCUAACGUUGAUAGCGGCCUGAUGCACUCCAUAGGAUUGGGUUAUCACAAAGACCUUCAGACAAGAGCUACCUUCAUGGAAGUCCUCACGAAAAUCCUUCAACAAGGCACAGAGUUUGACACACUGGCAGAAACAGCAUUGGCUGAUCGAUUUGAGAGGCUCGUGGAAUUGGUCACAAUGAUGGGUGAUCAAGGAGAGCUCCCCAUAGCCAUGGCCUUGGCCAAUGUGGUACCUUGUUCUCAGUGGGAUGAACUUGCUCGAGUCCUUGUCACUCUCUUUGAUUCUCGACAUUUACUCUACCAGCUGCUUUGGAACAUGUUCUCUAAGGAGGUCGAGCUGGCCGACUCCAUGCAGACACUUUUUAGAGGGAACAGCUUGGCCAGUAAAAUCAUGACCUUCUGUUUUAAGGUCUAUGGUGCUACCUACCUGCAGAAGCUUCUGGAGCCUUUACUGCGAUUUGUGAUCACUUCCUCUGAAUGGCAGCAUGUCAGCUUUGAAGUCGAUCCCACCAGGUUAGAGCAUUCAGAGAGCCUUGAGGAGAAUCAGCGUAAUCUCUUGCAAAUGACUGAGAAGUUCUUCCAUGCCAUCAUCAGUUCUUCCUCAGAGUUCCCCCCUCAGCUCCGGAGUGUGUGCCAUUGCUUAUACCAGGCAACUUGCCACUCUCUACUGAAUAAAGCUACCGUAAAAGAAAAAAAGGAAAACAAAAAAUCAGUUGUUAGCCAGAGAUUCCCUCAGAACAGCAUUGGCGCCGUGGGGAGUGCCAUGUUCCUGAGAUUCAUCAACCCUGCCGUUGUGUCUCCCUACGAGGCAGGGAUUUUAGAGAGAAAACCGAUCCCUAGAAUUGAAAGGGGAUUGAAGCUAAUGUCAAAGAUACUUCAGAGUAUUGCCAAUCACGUCCUCUUCACAAAAGAAGAGUAUAUGAGGCCUUUUAACGACUUUGUGAAAAGCAACUUUGAUGUAGCCCGGAGAUUUUUCCUUGAUAUUGCGUCUGAUUGCCCUGUAAGUGAUGCCAUAAACCACAGCCUUUCCUUCAUCAGUGAUGGCAAUGUCCUUGCUCUUCACCGUCUUCUCUGGAACAACCAAGAGAAAAUUGGCCAAUAUCUUUCAAGCAACAGAGAUCACAAAGCUGUUGGAAGACGACCUUUCGAUAAAAUGGCAACUCUCCUUGCCUACCUGGGCCCUCCAGAACACAAGCCUGUGGCCGACACUCACUGGUCCAGCCUGAAUCUUACCAGUUCUAAGUUUGAGGAAUUUAUGACAAGGCACCAAGUGCACGAGAAGGAGGAGUUCAAGGCGCUGAAAACAUUAAAUAUCUUCUAUCAAGCAGGCACUUCCAAGGCUGGGAACCCCGUUUUUUAUUAUGUCACACGCAGGUUCAAGACUGGCCAGAUCAAUGGGGAUUUGCUGAUCUACCACGUCUUACUAACUUUAAAGCCAUAUUACGCGAAGCCAUACGAGAUCGUGAUGGACCUCACCCAUGCCGGGCCCAGCAAUCGCUUCAAGACAGACUUCCUCUCCAAGUGGUUCGUCGUGUUCCCGGGCCUCGCUUACGAGAACGUGUCCGCCGUCUACAUCUACAACUGCAACUCUUGGGUCCGGGAGUACACCAAGUACCACGAGAGGCUGCUCACCGGCCUCAAAGGCAGCAAGAGGCUCUUCUUCAUAGACUGCCCGGCGAAACUGGCGGAGCACAUCGAUUACGACCAGCAGAAGCUGCCGGCCGCCACGCUGGCCUUGGACGAGGACCUCAAGGUGUACAACAGCGCUCUCAAGCUGGCUCACAAAGACACCAAGGUGACGCUGAAGGUCGGCUCCACAGCGAUUCAAGUAACGUCUUCUGAGCGAACAAAAGUCCUGGGGCAGACGGUUUUUCUGAAUGAUAUUUACUACGCCUCUGAGAUCGAGGAAAUCUGUCUAGUGGAUGAAAACCAGUUCACCUUAACGAUUUCCAAUCAGGGCACUCCACUCACCUUCAUGCAUCAAGAGUGCGAAGGCAUUGUUGCCUCCAUCAUUCAUAUCCGAACUAGAUGGGAGCUGUCCCAGCCAGAUUCCAUCCCCCAACACACUAAGAUCCGGCCAAAGGAUGUUCCUGGAACACUUUUGAAUAUUGCAUUACUUAAUUUGGGUAGCUCGGACCCUAGUUUACGGUCAGCCGCCUAUAAUCUUCUCUGUGCCUUAACCUGUACCUUUAAUUUAAAAAUUGAGGGCCAAUUACUAGAAACGUCAGGUCUGUGUAUCCCUGCCAACAAUACCCUUUUUAUUGUCUCUAUUAGUAAAACGCUGGCAGCUAAUGAGCCACACCUCACCUUAGAGUUUUUGGAAGAGUGCAUUUCCGGAUUUAGCAAAUCUAGUAUUGAACUGAAACACCUGUGUCUAGAAUACAUGACUCCCUGGCUAUCUAAUCUAGUCCGUUUCUGUAAACAUAAUGAUGAUGCCAAGCGGCAGAGAGUCACUGCUAUUCUCGAUAAACUCAUAACAAUGACCAUAAAUGAAAAGCAGAUGUAUCCAUCUAUCCAAGCAAAGAUCUGGGGAAGCCUCGGGCAGAUUACAGAUCUGCUUGAUGUAGUACUGGACAGCUUCAUCAAAACCAGUGCCACAGGUGGUUUGGGUUCCAUCAAGGCUGAAGUGAUGGCCGAUACAGCUGUGGCGCUGGCUUCUGGAAACGUGAAACUGGUAUCCAGCAAGGUGAUUGGAAGAAUGUGCAAAAUAAUUGACAAGACCUGCCUCUCUCCAACUCCUACCUUAGAACAACACCUCAUGUGGGAUGAUAUCGCCAUUUUAGCCCGCUAUAUGCUAAUGCUAUCCUUCAAUAAUUCUCUGGAUGUAGCGGCUCAUCUUCCCUACCUCUUCCAUGUUGUGACUUUGUUGGUGGCCACAGGCCCCCUGUCCCUUCGUGCUUCCACUCACGGACUAGUCAUCAAUAUCAUCCAUUCUCUCUGCACUUGCUCCCAGCUUCAUUUCAGUGAAGAGACCAAGCAAGUUUUACGACUCAGCCUGACUGAGUUCUCACUACCUAAGUUUUAUUUGCUAUUUGGCAUCAGCAAAGUCAAAUCAGCUGCUGUGAUAGCCUUCCGAUCCAGUUACCGGGAUAGGUCUUUCUCCCCUGGCUCCUAUGAGAGGGAAACCUUUGCCCUGGCAUCUCUGGAGACCGUCACAGAAGCUCUCUUGGAGAUCAUGGAGGCUUGUAUGAGAGAUAUCCCAGCAUGCAAGUGGCUGGACCAGUGGACAGAACUAGCCCAGAGAUUUGCCUUCCAGUAUAACCCCUCCCUGCAGCCAAGGGCCCUUGUUGUGUUUGGUUGUAUCAGCAAAAGAGUGUCCCAUGGGCAGAUUAAGCAGAUCAUCCGCAUUCUGAGCAAGGGACUUGAGAGCUGCCUAAAAGGACCUGAUAAUUACAACAGUCAAGUUCUGAUUGAAGCUACGGUAAUAGCACUAACCAAAUUACAACCACUUCUUAAUAAGCAGGAGUCCCCGCUGCACCGAGCUCUCUUCUGGGUCGCCGUCGCCGUGCUGCAGCUAGACGAAGUGGACCUGUACUCGGCGGGCACGGCUCUCCUCGAGCAGAACCUGCACACCCUGGACACUCUCCUGCACAUCUUCAAUGACCAGAGCCCAGAAGAAGUAUUCAUGGAAAUCCGGAAACCUCUGGAGUGGCACUGCAAGCAAAUGGAUCAUUUUGUUGGACUCAACUUUAACUCAAACUUUAAUUUUGCACUUGUCGGACACCUGCUAAAGGGAUUUAGGCAUCCUUCGCCUGUCACUGUUGCAAGAACCAUAAGGAUUUUACAUACACUACUAGCACUGGUUAACAAACACAGGAAUUGUGACAAGUUUGAGGUGAACACCCAGAGUGUGGCUUAUUUAGCAGCCUUACUUACAGUGUCUGAGGAGGUGCGAAGUCGCUGUAGCUUAAAACAUAGGAAAUCACUCCUCCUAACGGAUAUCACAAUGGAAAAUGUGCCUAUGGAUAUAUAUCCCAUCUAUCACAGUGACCCCAGCCUUAGGACACUAAAGGAAACACAACCCUGGUCCUCUCCAAAGGGUUCUGACAGACAUCUUGCAGCCAGUUAUCCUCCUGUGGGCCAAACCAGCCCCCGAACCAGAAAAUCCAUGAGCCUGGAUAUGGGACAGCCUUCCCAGGCCAACACUAAGAAGUUGCUUGGGACCAGGAAAAGUUUUGAUCAUUUGAUCACUGACACCAAAGCUCCUAAAAGGCAAGACCCGGAAUCUGGAGUCACCACACCCCCCAAGAUGCGGAGAGUGGCAGAGAAUGACUACGAUAUGGACACCCAGAGGAUCUCACCACACCCGCCACUACGGAAAGUGUCUGUGUCCGAAUCCAACGUUCUCCUGGACGAGGAAGUGCUCACGGACCCCAAAACCCAGGCUCUUCUUCUCACCGUCCUGGCUACCUUGGUUAAGUACACUGCAGAUGAAUUUGACCAGCGCAUUCUCUAUGAGUAUUUGGCAGAGGCCAGUGUUGUCUUCCCAAAGGUUUUUCCAGUUGUACAUAAUUUGUUGGACUCAAAGAUAAAUACUCUGCUGUCCUUAUGCCAAGACCCAAAUUUAUUAAACCCAGUCCACGGGAUUGUGCAGAGUGUGGUCUAUCACGAAGAGGCCCCGCCACAAUACCAGACAGCGUACCUGCAAAGUUUUGGUUUUAAUGGUCUGUGGAGGUUUGCAGGACCAUUUUCAAAGCAGACCCAGAUCCCAGACUACGCCGAGCUCAUCGUGAAGUUCCUCGACGCCUUGAUCGACACGUACCUGCCUGGGAUCGAUGAAGAAGCCAGUGAGGAGUCUCUCCUGACCCCCACGUCCCCCUACCCUCCGGCAGUGCAGAGCCAGCUCAGCAUCACGGCCAACCUGAACCUCUCCAACUCCAUGACCUCGCUGGCCACUUCCCAGCAUUCCCCAGGCAUCGACAAGGAGAAUGUGGAGCUGUCUCCAACCACCGGGCACUCAAGCAGCGGGAGGACUCGCCAUGGCUCUGCCAGCCAAGUGCAGAAGCAGAGGAGCGCCGGCAGCUUCAAACGGCACAGCAUUAAGAAGAUUGUGUGAAGCUGCCUCCUUCCCUUCUUACAAGCAGAGCUGAUGCCACCGCCAAGGCCCCAGACUGACUUGCCAUCCGCUGCCACCCCAGACCCUUGCCCACUGCAGCCUCUGCAGACUGACCAUCACCCGCCACGGCCUCUGCGGACUGACCAUCACCUGCCAAGGCCCCCGCAGACUGACCAUCAUCGCCACGGCCCCCACAGACUGACCAUCAUCCGCCACAGCCCAUGCAGACUGACCAUUAGCUGCCACCCUCCAAUACUGACCAUCACCUGCCACGGCACCCACAGACUGACCAUCAGCUGCCACCCCCACCCCCAUGGACACGUCAUCCACCCCCCCAGCCAUGGGGCUCCUCGGCCCCCGCCUCUGCCACGAUGCUGCACUUAUCUCAUCUCCAUCCCAUCAUCCUUGUGGCCAGAUGAUCAAUUUCUGAAGCAGUCGCUGAGCUCAAUGCUGCCUUUUCUUUUCUUUUCCUUUUGUUUUGUCCCCCCUGCCCCCACCUGGGGAGGGUCUGGGGGGUCCGAGUCGUGUUUCCAGAGAACUCCAGAAGACAGGCCGGACGUGAAGGGGGGGACUCGCUCUGCCUCGCUUUUCUCCUCGAUGGUCUCACCGAGGUCAGGGUUCAGGAUGCUCUCUUGAAGGUGGAGGUUCUAUGGAAGGGCGCUUCCUGCAACCCCUCCGCCUCUCCCUUGUAGCUGUGGCCUUUGGGGAGGCAGCCGAGGCAAAGCGCUUCAGGGACUCUCGCGGGAAGCCCGCCUUUCCCAAGGACGUCGGCAACAAAUGAACCCUCGGAGCUUUAAGCAAUAAUUUCAGGGGUGACGCGUGAGGGUGGAUCUCUUCUCGUGGCCACAAUGGCAGCUUGGACGAUGGAGACCCGCGUGCCCUCCCGUUCGUCCAGACUUUUUCCAUCUUUUCCUCCAAAUGUCUCUCUUCUCAGUCGUGGCUGUACUAGAAGCCCAGCUUCUGUAGGACGUGCACGGGCGGCUCCUCGCCCGGUGUGGGGGUUGUGCUUCUCCUUUCUUCCCUUUGCUCUCAGAAUAACUUCAGGCAGGGUCACCGGGGAACCCAGGAAGCCAGCGUGGCCAGACGGGUUGUUUUUCUAGGUCUCCGCUUUGGCCAAGGGGCACCGAAGCCUCCACGGGUUUCGCUCCCUCGAGUCCAGUGAAACGGUACUUAAUUUUUUGAGGUAGCUAGCUAGCUCUUUCAUUUUGUCGCACACAGAUUCCUGGUAGCUGCAUUAUCAAAUAUUUUCACAGUAAGAGGUGUUGCUGAAUUUGUUGGACCUUAAAAAACAAAAAAGAAUCCUAAUAGUCAAACACUUGGGUUUUAUAAGAUAAAAUUGUAUUUAAUCACUGUGAAAAGACUAGCAACCCUGCCGUAAAGUAACCAACAGGGAAACUUGCAGAUGCUGCUAUGCUGUGCUAAAAGGUCUGGGUGUGGUGCAGAUAGUGACCACCUGGAGGGCGGCUGGGCAGCGGGGGUCUGGACGUGCAUACUUAGGGUUAAACCACAGAGGGCAAAGGAUACAUUCCCUUUCCGGGCCCCUGCUUUCCAUUCAGUUAGAGGGAAAUAAAUGAUCAGUGACUUGGAAGAAAAUUAGUAGCAGGGGAAGGGAGAGGAUGUAAAGGUUUCCUGUAAUACUGUUUCAUUAGUGGAUUUCAGUAAACUAAAUUCCACAGCUAAAUUAAUAAAGAAUGGUACAAUUAAGUGUUCAGAUUUUAAUAAUAUACACAUAAUCCACAUUUAUUCACACAGUAACAAUGUAAUAUGUUAAUGUAAAUAAAUUGCCUUUUGUUAUAUUCAGAAAUAACUUAAUUUUUUAAAUUUGUUUACAGUCCUGGAAAAAAAAAUAUGAACACAAACUUAAUAUGCAAAUGGUUUGCCAAAAUUAAAAAACAAACAAACCUUAGUAUUAAUAAUUUUCUUGACGUAGGUUUCUUGGGAAAAGUUGAAGACUUGUGCAAUUAACCAAACUUAAAAAAAAAAAUCUCGAUUCUAUAAAUGCUGCAGUCGAAUUGUAAUGGUCCCAGUGCUCCUGAGCCCGUGAGGAUGCUACAAGAACAGAACUGACCUUAGGAAUAGAGCAGUAGCUUGUGCCAAGGACCAAUAUUGCCAUCAUUUUGUAGUCUUGCUUCUCUCAAACCACAUCCUCAGUUCCAGUGAAUCUGGUUAAGUACUUGUCUAAUUUCUUGGCUUUUGGAAUAUCGGUCAUUGUGAGCCUUCAGUCAUUUGGAUUCCAUAUUUUUUUAAUCCUUUUUUGUUUGAUGAAUGCAGUGAUGGGAAUUAUGGUGUUUGCUUUGUUAACAACUUCCUUUGAAAUAGAAAAAAAAACUGAACAAUUUCUUAAGGUCAUUUUUGCUACUGAAAAUAAUGACUUUUGGUCCAUUCAACUUUUCCAUGAGCAGAUUUUCCUAGGCAUAAAGAAACCAAGCCCUUUGCCUCCUAAUGGGAUUCAUUCGGAUCGAUUACCUCACAUAACGAUCAGCGUGGCACAAAUCGGAAUUGUUUGCCCCUAGUUUGAAACAUAGAAGGUCUAACCUUCCUAACCUACUAGAAUAUCCUAGGAAAUUCAAACCACGGAGGUUGGAAAUGACCAUUCUAGGCAAACCUUCACUUUUUUAGCUUUUGAACUGAGCAAACACGAAUGGUCCAGAAUUUUGCCUCACACCAAUCACCUUCCCUCUCCAACUUGGGCUACGUUUUUGUACCAGACGCUAGGAUCUGAAUAUCUCAAUGUUAGCAUGUUACCCGUCAUGUAUCAUUUGUGGGGGGUUUUCCUGACUUUUUUUAAGAGCGGAAAAAAGAGUAAAUCAGUCAUUUCAGUCAUACAUCAUCUGUCUCUUAAACCGAUGGUUCUCAAAGUUCUCAUGUGCAUGCUCCUAUUUUCCAUAAAAGAGAAAUAUUUCACUUGGUUUAGGGACUGAGCUUUUGUGAAUUACCACCAGUGCUCUAUUCCUAACUGAUUGGUAGGUUUUAGGGGUUUUCUGUUUUUUCUUCUAGGUUGUUUUUUUUUUAACUCUUUCCCCCUCCACCCCCGAUGUAAUGAAGCAUGUCUUAUUCAAUGUUAUGCAACAGACUUACCACCAAAAAGUCACUCUUAGUGUCAGCCACAAGAUUUUUUUUAAUGCAGUAUAAUCCACCUGUAAAUAGUUUUUGUGUAAAAUUUGACAGAAAAGUAUAUUUACUACACUGUAAAUACAUGUGACAAUAUAUUGUAUUAUUUUGCUUUUUUGUAAAGCAGUUAGUUGCUGUACAUGGAUAACACACAAAUUUGAUUAUUCUUGUGUUAGUAUUGUUAACUCCUUGCAAUUUGCAAUUACGUUAUGUCAUUUAAAAGAAAAUACUGUGUUCUCUGAAAUCACACGGUUGUAUGAUAACUUCGUCUUCUUCUCGAUUGGGGCCUAAAUUCUGACAAUGUUUCCUUCUCUACAAUCCUGUUAAUAACUGCAAGGGAGUCAUACAGCAGCAGAAACAACGGUGAUGAUUAGAGGCAAAAUUCUAGAAAUCACCAUUUUGGAUAAUUGUUGUUCUCAACCCCCAUUUUCUUCCUCAUGUAUGUACUUACCCCUUUUUUGAAGUAAAAUGUAAAUUCAACCUG